AUGUUCCCGAACCAUGUAGUGUUUGUUGAAUCAGCUGGAGAAAAGGAUUCAAAUAUUUACAAUCCAAGGUGCAGCCUUGAUGAAUUGGAAACUAAAACCAUUUUGGAAGCUAUUAUUGUGGAUUACGUGGUCUACCUCAUGAGCACUCGAGGAUAUAAUGGGCUGAAACUUUUCACAGACAAACUAGGUCGAACUGCACAAGACCCAAUACUAGACACCAUAACUCGUCAAAUGAUACACAAAGCUGAAGAGUUUAGAGUUAAUUUUCUUCCUAGGUUCGAGAACCGCAAAGCUCUACUUCAUCGAGCCCCGGAAAGGGCUCAAUUAGACUUCAUGGACACUGUUUCGAGUAUCUGGAAAGAUGGCAUGCUCAAUUGGGGUCGCCUUCUCGGUUACAUGACUUUCGUGGCUGAUUACUGCAUGACAUGUCUUGAUGCAGGCAUAGUAUUUCUCAUAAACUUUUUGGUUGAAUAUGCAGUGAAGGACCUUGACUCCCAGAUGGGGAGAUGGAUUAUAGCCAAUGGGGGCUGGCGCGGUUUUAUGGAUGCCCUUGAGACGCUCAAAACGAAGUGA